AUGGUACCGCUUGCAACUUCGACACCAGGUUUCAAAUUAGGAGAGAGCACUCUAAAGCCAUCUGGGUCGUUAUUUGGCAAUCAGCCUACAAGUACAGCCACGGUAACAACGACACAACCAUCUGUCACAAAGCAAUCGGAUACAAAUGCUUCGGCAGCUAAACCGUUGUUUGCUGGAUUGUCAUCGGCCCCGACUAGUGCUGCCAACCAAACAAAGCCUUUAUUUGGCUCUUUGGGUGCUAAUGCGGCUCAAGGCACAGAAAAGAAGGAGGAGAAGAAGCCGUCAACCUUGUUUGGUACCUUAGGAACAGCAGCGGCUAAUGAAUCCGAAAAGAAAGAAGAAAAGAAGUCGUCUCUGUUUGGAGGCAUAGGUACUAGCGCUACAGUGAGCAGUACGACUGAUAAAAAGGAUGACAAACUGACAACACCUGCAGGUCAGGGUGGUUCCGCUUCUACUGCAUUUGGCGCUAUUGAAAAUAAGGAGACUAAACCAUCCUCUCUGUUUGGUGGUACACCGUCAGCCCAGCAGACAACUCCCAAAUCAAUCUUUGGUGGCGAGAACCUAUCAAAACCACUUUCUUUUGCUUCUACACAACCAGCUAAGAUCACCGAAACUGCAAGGAAGGAAGAAUCAAAAGAUGAACAAAGCACUAGCAUAACCACGGAACCAAAGCAGCCAGAAGUAAAAACUGAUGGUGGUGAGUCAUUCAUUGCAGUUGCAGAUUCCGUUUGAAA